AUGAGUAGUGACUGUACAAUGCUGGAGGCACCUGUGACACCAUGUCGUAGUGGUUUGUUGCAUGGCAGUAGGAUUCCUUCUCCAAGGUUGGAUUCAAGUUCUCCUUUACAGUACAAGAGACGUAAUAGUAGUGGUAUGAUGAUUGCACAGUCACUAAGAAUGCAUGAUGAGUUGAAUGAACGACAUCAGGAUGGGAAGGAAAACAUCAGAUUGACCUCUUUUUAUAAGGAAAAGAUCAUUGAAUUGAAUAAAUUUCAAGAGGAAUUGUUUAGAAAAAAAUUUCAAUUGGAUCUAUUAAAGGAUGAAUUACUAAAAUACCAAAAUAAUAAGGACACGAUUGAUUUUAAUUUUGAUACAUUAAAUAAUGAGAAAGUUUUGAAAGAGCAAAAAUUGAAGCUUCGAAAUGUUGAAGAGACAAAAGUGGAAUUUGAAUUUAAAGAGAAAAGAGAUUUUUUAAGACAAGGUCAUGAAAUUCAUUUAAAGCAAAUGCAGAGCGAUAAUAUUUUUGAAAUUAACAAGUUGAAAAAUAGAAGUCAAAGCAAGUUACAAAGACUUAGAGUUUUACAAAAUAAAUCGUUUCAUAAUGAAAGAAAUCAACUUCUGAAUUCCGUCGAAGAAAUUAGAAAUAAGAUCAAAGAGAACCAGUUUGAAUGCAGUAAUAUUAAACAAAGUUGUCAAGAUGAAUAUGAUCAAUUGAAGUUUGAGUGGUUAGAUACAUAUCAAAAUAAGUGGCGGGAGAAUGUUCAGUACACUAAAAGCUUAAAUACAGAAUUGCAUACUUUAGAUUCUAAACAUAAGAAGCUAAUACAGGAUCGAAAUAUUUUAGUCAACAAGUUGAACCAAAGUUCAAAGAUACAUCGUGCCAAGAAAGAAGCUGAAAUCGAAGUUAAACAAGAAAUCAAAACGAAACAAGAUGAGAUAGAAGGUAUGAAACUAGAGAUAAAUUCGAUGAUAAAAGAGCGUGAGACGAGUAUAUGUAAAAUUGAGGAACUUGAUGGGCGAUUACAAAUUAUACAUGACAGUAUUGUGAAAGACGAAACACUGCGACGCAAGGUACAUAAUCAAAUUCAAGAACUUAGAGGAAACAUUCGUGUAUUCUGUCGUGUACGCCCAACUGAUGAUGAUACCAAUAUUAUUAAAGUUCACGGAUUUGACAGUGACACAGGAACUCAGUCAUUGACAUUGGAUAUAAAGAGACCCAUGACAAAUGGGUCUGUUAAUUUUCAAUUCGAUAAAAUAUUUAAUUACGAUGAAAGCAACCGUCAAGUAUUUGGUGAAGUGAAAGAGCUUGUACAGAGUGCGUUAGAUGGGCAUAACGUUUGUAUUUUCACUUAUGGCCAGACUGGAUCUGGUAAGACGUAUACGAUGCUCAACGAAGAAGAUGGUAUAAUCCCAAGCACUUUGGAUCAUAUAAUUGAUUGGACCAGUAGCAUGAAAAAACUUGGAUGGCAAUAUGGAUUAAAGAUUAAAUUUGUUGAAAUCUACAACGAUAGGAUAUUUGAUCUUUUAAAUGACGGUAAGGGCAAGCACAAAGAGUGUGAAGUGCGACACGAUGAUAUUGGACGACGCACAGAGUUGACAAAUGUGAUAACACGUGAGUUUCAACUAGAGGAAGACCUUAUUGAGUCUAAUCGGAGAGAGUUACAAGAACUGGUGCAAAGGUUGAAUAAGGUGAGAAGGACGGCCAAAACUGCGAUGAACAAUCGAUCAUCCCGAUCACAUAGUGUGUUUAUAGUUGAAGUUGAAGGUUUCAAUAAAGACAGUGAAGAGAGAUGCAAAGGAGUGCUUAACCUUGUUGAUCUUGCAGGGUCUGAACGAAUGAAUCGGAGUGGGUUGGUUGAUAAAGAGAGGAUAGAAGAGACGAAACAGAUCAACAAAUCGUUGAGUAGUGUUGGGGAUGUGAUCCAUGCGUUGAGGCAAGGAAGUGGUAGUUUGCAUAUUCCAUUCCGUAAUACUAAGUUGACGUACUUAUUAAAGCAUUCAUUGCAAGGAAGUUCCAAGACGCUGAUGUUAGUUACAGUCUCUCCAUCCAAUAGCUCUCGGAAUGAGACGAUGAAUUCUCUAAGGUUUGCUACUAAAGUGAAUGGUAGAUAA